AUGUCCGACGAAGAGGAACAAUAUUGUCGGUCAGUUGCCUAUUCUGUAAUGAUAGGUUAUCAUCAGGACUUGUUCCAUUAUUGCGGAAAAUCCAUGCGUAGGAGCGAUCUUGAUCCGGGUAACAGUAGCCAUAAUUGUACCAGCUCAUUCAUAUUCAGGAUCAUCACGGAGUUUGCAACACUUGAUAAUGCCAUUCCACCUUCACAACGUAUAUUUAACGAAACUGGAGCAGCUGCUCCAACUAUAGCUCCAACUGCAUCAACUUAUGGUACUUCCAUACAAAAUACCAUCGAACCCAUAAAUAACGUCGGUGAUAACUGCGGACCCAUUAUAAUGUACGAGAAGGUACCGUCGCGAAAAAUUGGAAUUACUGCACCAUAUAUGAGCACAAAUGUGCAUUUCAGUAUGAUUAUGAAAGGCAGCUAUUCCACUCAAAUAUACAAGGACGGUCUAGCUACAGCAAAUGAUUACGUAGAACAGAGAGUGAACAGUUCCGAUGGAUCAGGAAAUAAUUUGACUCGCUAUAGAUCAUAUGACUUUAAACCAUUACAUGUGGAAAGCCCCUUACAUGUGGAAUGCAGUUCAAAACGAUUCCCAAUAAGUGAACAAAGAACUUUCGAUAUAGCUCUAAAUAUACCACAAUUUGGUUUCAUGGAUACUACCAACCGUGGUUACACAGCAAAAAGUACCAUAGCACCGUUUUCAAUGAAACCUGCUAUUGUGGGACAAAAUAGUUUUAUCAAUUUUGUUAAAGAUGAAUAUGGUACCAUGAGGGCUCAAGUAAAUCAUAUGAGACAAGCGGAUAAUUUUAACUACGAAUUAUCAAUGUCAGCAAUUUCACGUAAAUUUUCCAAUGAGUAUAAUAGAAGUGGCCAUCGUAACUCACAAGAGGGGAUAUCUGGGGAAGAAUACAGGAAACGUCUUCUUCAAGCUCAUCAGAUCGUUGAUGAGUUGCUUAAAUCGCGGGGUUUGAUAUCUGAAAACGAAAUUGACUAUUUGCAAAACUGGCGCCAAAAAAUGAACCGAGAGCCAAAAGUUGAAGAACGAAAUGCAGUGGAUGUUUCUGAUCCCGUGGCAUCCAAAAAUGCUGAAAGCUUGGACACUUCGGAGGCUUCUCAACAACAUUCUAUAUCAAACGCGUCUGAUUCUGGAUUGUCAAUGGAUGCCGAUUCAGAAAACGAUCUGAGAGGCAGUCCAAAAUUACAAGAACUCAAUUCACAAAAUUUAAUAAUUACAGAUUUAUUACCAUUCAAAAAGCAGGAAACAACUCUCGUAAAAUCGAUAGAAGUUAAUAUCGCAAAGGUGAAAAAGCAUAAGAAUGUAUGUUUGAAAGUGAUAAUCAAAUGGCCACAACACUGUUGGCUAUAUAUGGAUAUGAAAAUAAGACUUGAAAAAAAAGAAGCAACAAGUGAAAAAACGACAAGCUCUAAUAAAGGACUACAAAUGGUUGGUGACCAAAUGGAAGGUCACACAUCCGUGAAGUCAAAUGAAAAGGAUUCCUUCACUCAAAAUAGAAGACUAAAUCAAGACCACAAAAUGGAGAUUCCAACAGAGUUGUCAACAAUUUCAAAUCGAGAAUCAACCACUGCAAAAUCUAAUAAUCCAAAAACGGUCAAGAAACACAAUAUAUCGAAGCCGAAAUGUGAAGCAGUAAAUGUGUGCUACUGUUUUGUGAAUAAUUGCUGUCUCGAUAAAGCGAUAAUCGCCUUAUCAAUAGCACUUUGCGCAACUGUCAAACAAAAUAUUGCCGUCAGCGGCAAGAAAUUUCUGGACAGGACAGAAAAGGAACUGAAAUCAAAAUGCAACAAAGAUAAUUUGAUGCAUAGUUUCUUCCUUGCGAAGACGGGGAAGCUAACAUGUAAUAUGAAAAUGUUUCCAGAGUUGCAAAAUAUGGAAAAGACAAGCAAAAUUAGAGUAGCGCAAAAAGAAGGCCACGUUGUUGAAAGCAAAGCCAAGGUGACAGAAAUUGAAAAAGAUGUUGUAGAUUUCAAUAAGACCGAGAAACUUUCCAAAUUUCCAGUUCUGAUAAAGGAAUCUCCAAAAAAACUGAAAGCAACGGAAGAAGGAGCUAAUUUAGUUUCAGUAUUACACACAAAAAAAAUAACACCAAAUCAAACACGGAAAACUUUUACUAGUAAACAGGUAACUCUUUCAAAAAACUUAUGCCUAAAGUCAAAAUUAUCUCAAUCAGAAGCAACAAUGACAGUACCACUGAGAUCACACAAAAUAAAAAUUACCAAAAGAGUGAUGGUUCAGCAGAUGACAGAUAACAAAAAGUAUCAGCGUGAAGAAUUGCUCAAAACUAACAAUCCAUCAAUAAUGAAGAAAAAGGAAUGUCUUGAACUGAAGAAAACUCAAAAAACACUGCAGAAUUACAUCACAGUAACAAGCAAAUAUUAUCAGAAAACACCCCGAUCAAUCACAAAAAAUGAAAGUAACGCGAUGACGGAGUUUGAACGCAAUGAAGAUAUUGAUAUACGCCGAGCACGAGAGCAUCUGAGACGUAUUAAUUUUAGCAGAACCGGUGUAAGACUGGAAUCAAGUGCAUCAUCCUUCGUUCAUAGGAUCAAUGAAGAUCCAGUAAAGUUGUCAGAUAAAAGCACAACAAGCCUAGGAACUUCUUCGGAACAGAGUUCCUCAGUUUUAUCAAUAAUGAAGAAGAAAGCGAAGAAAAAGAUAUCUGGAAUGAAAAUGGACAAGGGUUCGAAUGAUCGACCAGUGGGCGGAACGCAUACUGCAUCUAUUGAAAAAGAAAGAUGUCAAAAAGAAAGAUGUGAUGGAAGGAUUGUAGAACCAAACAAUGACAUUUUAGACAGAGAACUGAUUAACGCAUACAGACGCACUCAACGUAUUCCGAAACCUCAGGCGAAAAUUCCAGCUUGGAAUGUGUAUGACGAACGAAAGCUAGAGAUGGGUACCACAUGGAAUCCACCAAAACUGCGCCACGAAAUUCUGUCUACUACAGUACCAGUACCUUGCUUUAUUCGUGCUCGUACACCAGCAGCUGAUGUUGCUACCACCUUAUCUACACCCAUUCCUGCUAUUGCUGUAUUGCAUCACGUCUCUGAAAAUCACUUGCCAGUCAUGGCCCCAAGACUAAAAAAAGUUUUGUCAAGUGAUAGUAGCAUAACCAUCGCGGACAGUUUGCAACAGCACACGCCGAGCAGUCAGUUUGGUGUUACACUAAAACGUGUCGAUCGUGUCACGGUACAGAAAAGCAAGGCGCGUGGUGCUAUAACACAGUCAGCACCAAAGAAACCUUGGGUACCAAAAUGGCGCCGAAUACAACGCACAGAAGAAGAGGACGAAGCAGAAACGAUACCAGUUGUUGAAAUGAAUAGGGACGAACAGGAACAUGGUGAUGAACAGGAAGCGAAGCAAAUGACAAAACAGUUAUCAUCGCAGGUUGCCACUCAGAAGAAUGGAAAGGACAUGACUGAAGCUGAAAAAGCCAUGAUGGUGGCAAAAAGACGCCAGAUAGAAGAUGAAACUGCAAAACUACAAAAAUAUGAGGAAAAACGUCGAAUUGAACGUAAACGGGAGGAAGAAGAAUUGAAAAAGUUGAAGGAAAAGAAGGAACGAAGAAAACUUGAACGAAAAGAGGAAGAACGACAAUUUCAAGAAAGACUUAAGCAAGAAGAAGAAAGAAGGAAGCAGGAAGAGGAGGAGCGAAAAGCUAAAAUGGAAGCAGAGAAACGUAAAAAGGAGGACGAAAAACGAAAACGCCAACAAAUGUUAUCAUCGCGAUUUACGAAUACGACUCCGGGACAUAUGGGACGUAAUUUCAUUAUUCCUCAAAAAUCCGACAAAGCGGAUAAAUUCGGUAACAUCGUUCAGGCCAAACAUGAAAUGAGUAUGACGAAAGAGCAACAAGAAGAAGCAAAGUGUAAUUACUUGGUAUCUGUGAAGCACACCAUUGAAUUCGAAAAAAUUGGGCCGGCAGAGUUACGUGAAAAGAUACGUCAAAUACACCAACGUAUUUGUAAACUGGAAGCUGAUAAAUAUGACUUGGAAAAACGGCAUGAACGUCAAGAAUACGACUUGCGUGAGCUGAACGAGCGUCAACGACAAGUGGCGCGUAAUAAAGCACUCGAAAAGGGACUUGAUCCAGCUGAUACAAAUUCCAAACAUCCGCCGAAGGUAUCGAUAGUGAGCAAAUACGAUCGGCAAAUCGACCGGAGAAAUUUCAGAGAGCGCAGGGCUAUAUUUGAGAAUAAAACUUCAUAUCCAUGUUUUCCGAAUGUUCCACCGCCACCAACUGUUUACGAGAAAAUGAUUCUCUCUUACGAUAAGGAGGAUGAAGAAGAAGACGACGAAGAAGAGGAAGAAUGA